CAGAGCUGGUCACUCUAAAGCAAGGGCUGCCUUGGCGCUAGAAAUAAAGUGUCAAAUUCAGUCGAAAAACUAAAACUUCAUUAGAAAUUCCAACGCAUGAGGCAGCAAGCAGUUAGACUAAACCAAAAUGGCUCAGCGCGUGGUAAUUCCAUCUCCACAAAACUAUUACUUCAAGGACUCUGUGGCCUACACUGAGGACCACAUUCCAGUGCAGAAGAUCCACAUGUUCGGCUUGCCGCCGAAGCUAAACAAGUUUGCUUUGGAGGUUCACUUUGGCAUGUACGGUCAUGUCCUGCGCCUCCAUAUCUUCAAGCCGAGAAAUGAGCCGGGCGAAGAACGGCGAUACUCUCGAACCGGUUACGUGUUCUUUGCCCAGAAAACGGAUGCUGCCAAGGCCUUGCAUAGCCGCAUUCAUCACCUGAACGGAAUCAAGUUCCAUGUGCAGGCCAGCGAUAGCUGGCAUCAGCCGGAUGCCUACGGAAUGCCCCGUCACUUGCCGGUCUACUUGCCGAAUACGAAGCCACCACCGCCGCCACCCGUUAUGAGCCUGAACGACCAUUGUCUGGAGCACAUACUGAUGUAUCUGCAACUGCCAGAUCAGAUUCAUUUUGCCAGGACUUGCCUGCGCUUCAGGGCCGUCUACCAGAUGGCCACUGCCAGGCUUCACAAGUUCAUAGACUUGUUCCAGUUCGGAAAUAUGACGGUGUGGGAUAUGCGAGAUUUCUUCAGGCUGUCCGGUGCUUAUGUGGAUAAGAUAUAUGGCGUGAUGCCAAAGACUCACCCUGAGCGCCUCUGCGACUUUCUGGCCAACAACUGCCGUAAUCUCAAGACUAUGGCCGUUUUCGGCGGCAACACAUGGUCCGGUCGCAACAUACAGAAGGUGUUCGCCAAAAUGAACCAGCUGGAAUCGCUGCAUCUGCCCAUGUCGAAUAUCAAUGACCAAAGUGUCUUGGCGCUGCGAAAUCUUCACAAGCUGAAGACGCUUGAUCUAAGCGGCAAUCCCUUUAUAGGCGAAACCCUAGCCAAGUUGCCCAACACCAUCGAGUCGCUGACGCUGAACGAUUGCAAGUACCUCGAGGUCGGCUACCUAAUGAAGAUCCUCAAGACCUUCCACGCCCUAAAAGAGUUGAACAUGAGGAAUUUAGAUCCCAAUGGGGUUGAGAUCUACGAACAAAUGAUCAAGGAGAAAUGCUGCUUGGCUCUGGAGACCUUGCGAAUGUCCGGCUAUGGUUACAGACAUUACGAGUUUGUGGCUCAGAUUCCCAGCCUGAAGAACCUGUCGAUCGUAAUAAAACGAGGACUGCGCGCACAGCUCUUUGAGCAGCUAGCGGAACACAAAGCCAAGCAGCUGGAACGCUUGGAGGUCCUCGGAGUCGACAUUGUCACCCAACCAAUGCUUUGUAACAUUGCCAAAUUGAGCGAAUUACGCUAUCUCAAGCUGCCACAAAUUCAGAGCUACGCGACUCUAGCGGAUGCCAUCGGCAGCAACGGUCUCCAGAAUCUGGAGCGAUUAGCAGUACGCCAGUCGGGAUGCUUCAGCGAACAGGCAAUCCUAAAGAUCUUCAGGGCAUGCCCCAAGCUAAGCUGCCUCGACCUGGAGGAUUUUAACAAAUCAAGAGAACAACUUGUGCUGGACAUCGUGUCGUGUGUUCAGCAGGAGAUCGCCAACAAGGAUAUGCGGCGCAAGCUGCCCAUCAAAUUGUGGAACGUGCCCGCAAUAGUGAAGGCUAAUUCAGAAAAGUUUCCAAAGGAUAUUAUCCAAAUUAAGAGAUCGCACGAACGCGAUGAUGACUUAUUCAAUCCAGAAGAUUUCGAUGAUUACGCUUUCGACCCGGAUGACUGGGACUUGGACGAGGACACAGACGAUGAGUUCCAAUUUGAACAAGACAUGUACGAUAUGGGCUUCUUGAGUGACGACGACGACGACGACGACGACGAUGGCGAUGAUGAUGAUGAUGAUAAUGAGUAUUUUAAUCUGGGCUUAGCAGCAGGAGGUUAUGUUCAUCCUUCGUGGCCCUACGACAGUGAUGGCGAUUUUAUUGGUUUCGGGCUGGACGAUGAUUAGGUUUAUUCCCUAAUUGUCGUAAAAUAAAUUUAUCAAACGAGAUUUUUGUUAUUUUCUUUGCUAUAAAUUUGAAUAAUGAGAAAACAUAAUUUGUUCCUGAAAAAAUGCUAAAGGAAUGAACCUUAUUAUGCUUGAAAACUUAUUAUAAUCAUUUCAAUUCUCUUGUGAAUUUCACUAUUUUCAAAUGAAAUAAAAUGUUUUGGUUUUAAAAUGAAA